UUAAAAUUCCCUACAACGCUGUUGGACACUUCUCUAGUUUAAGAGACUCGUGGACGUCGAGUUUGAAAUAUGAGCGAUCCUGGAUUUACCGAUAUGUUAAACACGGACUCUUCCCGAGUGUCAGGAGAUACUGGCUUUAGUGAAUUGUUGCGGUCAGCAGAACGAUUAUCUGCCGCUGUAGAAGGCAAUGAAGAACUUCCUCAAGUUGAGAGAAAUCUUCGUCAAAUCUUAGAAGCUUCCAACGAACUUUGGUCUCGUGUCACACAGACCGGCACGCAGGAUAAUCAAGUACAAGCGCAUUUGUUGCUUGGUUCACGUGGUGUUGAUUUACCUCAGAUUUCGCAGAAACUAAGUUCACUCAGUGCAAGACGUACGUUUGAACCUCUAGAUCCUAUUGCAGACACAGAUAUAGUUAAUUAUCUUAGAAAUGAAAAAGAAAAUGCUAUUUUAUCAAUCAUUGAACAGGUUCAUAAAGAUACAUUUGAUCUUACCAGAGUUCAACAAAUGGAGCAUAUGUUAGGUGAAUGGAAACAAAUGAGAUUUGAGAUCAUAAAUGCAAUGACAGCUCCAUCUGGGGAGCUUGUAGAUUUACGUGGUACUCCACAACGUACUAAAUUAGCUGGGUCGAUGAUUACUGGUUUAUCCAGUGUAGAAGUAGCUUAUGUAAAAGAGUUACAAAAUUAUAAUGAUCAUGUGCUUAGGGGAAUAACUAAGCCAAAUUUGUUUAAUGCAUUCUGUGAAGCUGCGAAGUCAUUUGAUGACAAAAAAAUUGUGGACCUUUGGAAAAUGGUUAAAUGUAUGGUAAACAUUCGACCAGUCCCUAGAGAAGAUCAGAUCAAAUCAAGAAGUACACCUAUUGUUGAACAAGAAAUUGUGUUACAUGCAAGAAAAUACUUAGAAGAUAGAUACAAGGAAUUUAUGAACUCUGUUAUUAAUGAAAACCCUGCUCAAGCCAAGCGGGGUGGCAUUCCAGGCACGGUGCCAUUAGUUAAAAGUUUUGUUAGUGUUAAAGUACAAAAUCUGAAGGAUUUAGAAGCUGUGAUGGUUGAAGACAAACCAUUAUGGCCUUUAGUUUAUUAUUGUAUGAGGGUUGGUGAUUACAAAGCAGCAUUGCAAUGUCUUAGUCAGUGUAAUACAGAAUUUCCAGAAUUUAAAGUUGCCUUGGAAGAAGCUUGUUGCGAUGUUCAAAGGCAUCCUAGUAGUUCUGCAGAAUCAAAUUUAAAGUUGCAGUACAGGAAACAUGUUAGAUCCGUUACUGACCCAUAUAAAAGAGUUGCAUAUUGUGCACUAGUUCCUUGUGAACCUGAUGAUUUGCACUCUGAUGUAAUAUGCACAGCUGAUGAUUAUUUAUGGUUGAAACUAUGCCAGGUUAAAGGUCAACCAGAUGCAGAAAAUAAAUUGACCUUAGAUUAUUUACAAACUAUGAUAUCAGAAAUAUAUGGAGAAUCAUAUUAUCAUGCUCACGAACAACCAUUUGUAUAUUUUUCAAUGCUAUUUUUAACUGGUCAAUUUGAAGCUGCAAUUGAAUUUUUGGCAAGAGGUGCAGGAGCAAGGCAUCUGCCUCAUGCUGUGCAUUUAGCGGCUGCUAUGCACGAACAUAACUUAUUAGGAGUCAGUCAAAGUGUCUUAGCACCUUUAAUAAGUGUUGAUCCUGCUGAUAAGCCUCCUGCUAAAAGACUAAACUUUGCCAGAUUAAUAUUAUUAUACGUUAAACGAUUUGAUUCUACAGAUCCAAAGGAAUGUUUACAUUACUUAUUCUUAUUAAGAUCUAUGAAAGAUCCGCAUGAUCGUAAUAUGUUUGCUGCAUCAGCUGCAGAAAUGGUAGUUGAUACUUCCCCAGCAGUCAGAACUCAAUUAAUUGGAAAAAUAGUAGAAGAUCGUUGGAUACCAGGAAUUUUAGAUCAAUUCCAAAUUAAUACAGAGGAUGUUAUAAACAUAAGCGCAGACACAUUAUAUAGAAAAGGUCUUUUAGAAGAUGCAGUGACAGUGUAUGAUCUUGCUCGCAAUCACGAAAAAGUUCUUAGUCUCAUGUGUACGCUCUUGGCGCAGGUUGUUAAUCAAAGGACUUCGCCGGGAUCACUCAGAUCUCGAUUGCAGGUGACAGCUACUGACAUAAGCAAAAGGUAUCAAAACAUUGAGUUACAAGCACCUUCUGAAUUGGUAUCUGCAUUUUAUACUUUAAAGCAUCUAAUGGUAUUCUUUGAUCAAUUUCAUAAUGAACAAUAUCAAAGUGCGCUUAGGACUAUUUCCGAAUCGAAAUUACUACCAUUAAAUAUAAAAGAAGUCGAUGAAAGAGUAAACGCAUUGCGACGAGUACCACCUGAAGUAACUGGUACGUUAGCCGACGUUCUUUUAGCUACAAUGACAAUACUUUAUCGUCAGUAUCAAAAGUUACGAUCGAUGGAACCAGGUGAUGAAGAGGCAAGAAAACAGCAACUUCUUGAUCUUAGAGAACAAGCACGAGCAUUAACUAGUUUCGCAGGAACACUUCCAUAUCGUAUGCCAAAUGAAACAAAUAGUAAACUUGUACAAAUGGAGAUCCUCAUGUGCUGAAUUAAACAUUAUAUUUCUUACUUUAUUUAAUAUACUACUUUAAGGGAUACAAUAGAUAUAUUUGUGCGAAUAGUGAAUUAAUGAAACAUAAAUAAUAAUCUAUGUUUACAAUUCUUCAAUUUUUAAAAGUAUUAUAAAUACAAUGUAUAUAUUUUUUUGUACUUCCAUAGGUUAAACAAAGAUUAUAAAUAAAAUAAAUGUACUGAUUUUCGAAAAGCGCAAUUGAACAUAAGAAA